CAAAAAUCAAGCACUUCUACCGCUCACACAGCGCCAAGGACAUCCAGCAGGCUGGAAACGACUUUAUCUAUUCGUUUCCGGCGACAGGAAUAGCUCAACGAGACACCAUGUUAGAGCUUCCUCGCCCAGACCACAUUACAGAUCAUGGGGAUAUCGACGGUCUCAGCGAUCUUUCAGAGCCCCUUGACGAGCAGCGAACUACGCCCAGGCCAGUUCUCUCGUUCCUCGAGAAGAAAAAUUUAGUCUUUCUGUGUUCGAUUUACUUUAUUCACGCAAUUCCGCUUCAAUUUUCGUGGUACACUAUGCCCAUCAUUCUUCGCCAACAGCUCAGCUACAGCGACGUGGGUACCUUCUUGAUCUCUCAGUACCCGUACAGCUGGAAGGCAGGAUGGAGUCCACUCGUUGACGGACUCCACCACCCGUUCAUCGGCCGAAGGAAGACAUGGAUUGUACCAUCUUUAGUGAUAGGCGGUGUCGUCCUCUUCUGGCUCGCAUUCACGCAAGAUUCUCUUAUUGCAGAAUUAGCAAGUGGCAGGUCGCUCGCAAUGGCAUGGCUGGUGCUUACUUGGUUUAUGGUCAUGUUGGUUUGUGCAAAUAUUCGCAUCGCACUUGACUCAUGGUCUAUAAAUCUUCUGUCGCCGCCCAACGUUCAUUGGGCAUCCUCGAUUGCCACUAUAGGAGAGACAGCUGCCAGCCUAAUAUCAUGCAACCUUUUCUUAGGGGUGACGUCUCUAAAUUCUCCAAAAGACGAGCCUGGUAAAGUGCGACCAGCAAGUACGUUCUUGUUCUUUGGAGCUUCGGCGGCCGCCUUUGUCACCACUGCUGUCCUGUUGCUGUUUGGAAACAGCGCGAGCGACAAAGCACAGAAAAGCCAGUCUAUUCGGAAAGUCUAUACUAUCAUCUGGGAGAUUUUGAAGCUCCGACAUGUCUGGAUAUUAAUGCUCGUUCAUAUGGCGUCCAUGAUUGGAUUUGUAACCAACGACACUAUCACCACUCUCGAACUAGUCAAAGACAAUUUCAGCGAUUUUGACCUCGCCAUUCUCGCAACUGCCGCUCUCCCUUUUGCUAUUGCAGGUAGCUUUCUGGUUGCGAAAGCCUUCCAGACUAGGCAUCCGUUGCAUGUUUGGCGCAGGAUGUUUCCAUGGCGCCUGAUUCUCGCCUUCGUCUCUCAACUUACUAUUCUAUUUGUUUCUCGGUACCCCAACUCGCAAUUUCGCUGGCUUGUUGUGCUUCCACCAUUCUGUCUGAGCCAACUCUUCUCAGUUGCAAUGUGGGUUGCCUUCGUUGCGUUCCAUGCGCAGGUGUCCGACCCUCAAUUCGGGGGUAUAUAUAUGUCCGUUCUGGCAACAACGCUGAACAUUAGAUAUGAUACCUUGCAAUUCCUCUGCACAAAGGCAAUAGGCAUGAUAGAUGGAAGCGAUGACUUGACUAAACCGUCUCCACUUAUUGAUGGUUACCAGAUCGUCAACGUAACGACAGUUAUUUUGUCUAUUCCUAUUUAUUGGUUUUUUCUGAGACCGGCAACGCUGUAUCUGCAGACUAUUGAUGUAUCUGCCUGGAGGAUAAAUUUUCAAGAUCCUGCAGAUAUUAUGGCAUAUGAGAUGGUUGGAACUCUAGAAGACGAUGAAUAACCAUAAUUAACCUAUAUAUGUUUG